CUGGGGUACCAUCAUCCAAGUACUAAACGUUAAAUUUUGAAUUUAGGUUUUGAACAAUUGGAUUGAUAGCUAAACUGAAGAUGGCUGGUCCGAGAGGGUCGCCCUGCUGACAGCCAACUUCGGAGGAAAGUUCGUGGUUUUUGUAUAUUCAUUUUGACGGAUUAGCAUAGCAAUUUAAUAAAUAGUUAUAAAUAUUCUGGAGCGUGGUUAUUGCCUUCUGCAAGCAGGUCCCUAUUAAGCGAGUUGAAGGCAUUUUUGACAUCAAUUUUUGUUUUCUAUGUAUAUCUUUGAUAAAGCAUGAUUUGCAAAAUUAAACCCUUCACUAUGCGUUCUCGAAAGUAAACACAGUUUCAAAUAAAACGUAGAUGUUAUUUCCUCCAAUUACCACAGUUAGUCUGUUAUUCUAGUCAGCAGUCAAAAUAAAGCAGAGCCAAAAUAUUUUCACCGUCACAAAUUAGUUUAGAUCGUUACAAAUCUGACAGUUUAUCUAAUUAUUUGCCAAGCAAAUGUGAACUCUAAUACAUAAACGUAGAGUCCGCAGAACUCGCUGCAGCAAACCGAUGUUUUUGCAGGUAGUUAUUCCAAUUUAGGCAAAAAUCUUUAUCAAACAAAUUUGGACCGUAUUCAGUUUGAGGAAGGAUAAGUUUUGAUUGCAGAUUCGAAAGACAUAUAGAAAUUUUCCAACCGAUUGCUAUGUCGAAGGUAGAAUAAAGCUAAUUUUGUAUUGUUCACAAAUUAAAUUUGAAAGCUUUUAUAUACCUUAAUACAUACUAAUAAAGUCCAUUUUCGAUUGCAGAGUCAACUGAGAAGCUAAGGGUGACUUGUCUAUACUCUCCAACAUUUCAGAAUGAACCUUUCAUCUUUAAAGUUAAGGUUUAUUUUCCUCUAGCAAAUGUAGUACGGGGUUAAAGUCGCAAUUCCGAAGCGCGCUAAAAUUCAGUAUAUUUGUGAGUUCCGAAGGUUCCUGUUGUCUUUUCGUGAAAAAAAAUAAACCGUUUCAUUCCAAAUUUAAACUUCGCCGAUUCUAAAUUUGAAUCUUGGCCAUUUAGAAUGUAGCUUGCAUUUGUUUUUGUGUCACGAAUAUUUUGUUGAUUUUUGUGAUUGUGUGUGCGAUUUGUGAAACUUUGUGACAGUUAUAUUGUUUUUUUGGAAUUGUGUGCGCGGUUUGUGAAUCUUUGUGACAGUUGUAUUGGAAUAAUGAGUUUGAAGAGAGUGGACCAGGCUGACGGCGGAGGGAAAGGCCUGAACCGCCUCAACGGUUUCCUGAACCUGAAGACUCCUCUCAUCAGCACCAAGACCUUGGGAGCGCAGCUUGAGACAACAUCGACCAGCAGCCCCGGCGCCAAGUCCCCGGCGGGAAGCAGCGCCGGCGCCGCCGCCGGCGCGUCCACCGCGCCCGGGGAGCGCACGCCGACCGCGCACAACAAGCAGCUGCAAAAUGUCAAGGGGCAGGACCACCCGCCGCAUCCCAGCAUGGCGUUCCUCCAGAACCGGUCCAUCUCGCUGGUGGACAUGUACAUCGAUAACAGCGAGCCCAGCGAGAACGUCGGCCAGAUACACUUCUCGCUGGAGUACGAUUUCCAGAAUACGACGCUUAUAUUGAGGAUCAUUCAGGGCAAGGAGCUACCUGCAAAAGAUCUAAGCGGCACUUCGGACCCUUACGUCCGAGUGACGCUCCUCCCAGACAAGAAACAUCGGCUGGAAACCAAGAUCAAGCGACGAACUCUGAACCCGCGGUGGAAUGAGACCUUCUACUUUGAAGGCUUUCCUAUACAAAAGCUGCAAAGUCGGGUACUGCAUCUUCACGUAUUCGACUACGAUCGCUUCUCCAGGGAUGACUCCAUUGGAGAAGUCUUUUUGCCACUUUGCCAGGUGGAUCUAAGUGAGAAGCCAUCUUUCUGGAAGGCUCUGAAGCCGCCAGCGAAGGACAAAUGCGGCGAGCUGCUCACCUCGCUGUGCUACCAUCCGAGCAACUCCGUGCUCACACUGACGCUGCUGAAGGCGAGGAACUUGAAGGCCAAGGAUAUUAACGGGAAAUCAGAUCCGUACGUGAAAGUAUGGCUGCAGUUCGGAGACAAGCGCAUCGAGAAACGCAAGACCGCCAUCUUCAAAUGCACACUCAACCCCGUCUUUAACGACGCCUUUUCGUUCAACGUCCCUUGGGAGAAGAUCCGUGAAUGCUCGCUCGAUGUCCAGGUCAUGGACUUCGAUAAUAUUGGGAGGAAUGAGCUCAUUGGACGGAUACUUUUGGCCGGGAAAAACGGUUCCGGCGCCACAGAAACCAAGCACUGGCAGGACAUGAUCACCAAACCUCGGCAGACCAUCGUGCAGUGGCACCGCCUGAAGCCGGAAUAAGUUGUUAAAGUAACAGUCGUCGGCAGGACUCCUGAACUACUGCAAUACACGCGUAUUUAGCUUUAGUCUUGAAACUUGCGGGAUGAAGGCUUUAUGACAUUUGAGUGUAAAGCUAUUCAAAUCAUUAAGCAUAUGUCUUAAAUAUACUGAUGUAAAUCGUCUGAUGAAAGCUACCAUGUCUCGGGCCGUAUAACUCAUUGUGAUCUUGAAUCUAAUUUAGUCUGAUGACUGAAUGAAAGCGACUACGAACCGUGAGUCUCGGCGCGUAGAAGUUUUGAAUCGACUGCCUGAAAGCCGCUAUCUACGAGUAUGUGACUGUUAUUUUCAAAUAACUUAUUGAGUCUUGAACCUACAUCUGAUGACUUACUACUCUGAGUUUUUGUGUCUUAAAUCUAUUUUAGUCUGAUAACAGUGAUAGACUUGAUUAGGUACUCCAUGAAAGCUACGUUUAUCUAACUCUUAUUGCUAAACCACAAUUCAUUGAAUCUUAAUUCUGACUUCUGAGCCGUUUAUUGAGUCGUAAAUGUACUUUAGUAUGAUGAAUUCAUGAAGGUUAUUAUACCACGUUACAUUAGAUUCUCAACCUUACGAAUAAUUCUUAAAAUUUAGGAAAAGAUAUCAGUUUUUGAUAUAAUUGUAUUCAAACCCGAUAAGUCGUAGAAAUCUUGCUUAGGAGAGUUACAACAGAGAACGUCAAGAUAAUACGCGUGUAUUGAAUCAUUUGAAUCUAAGUAAAGAGGUACGUUAAGUCAUACGUAGUAAGUGUGAGUGUCAACACACAGAGCGCUUGUAUUAAAUGCAGUAACUUGUAUUUAAAAAGUAAGUCAUUCAUCCUGUCAUUGUUAGUUAUUAAUAGCUAUUAAUUUACAGACGAGUUAGAUGUUUGAAAAGGUUAUCCUUACACUUAAUGUUUCAAAGAAUAUUAAAUUAAUAAUACCCUAAAAAAGUUUAAGGAAUCGGUUACUCUUUUUCAUCUAAUGCUUGAAUGUUUUUAAAAAUAUAACUGGUGUAACAUCAGAGAGGAAAAAUAAGACGACUUUGCCCAUAGAGUUAAUGACUGUGGGGCAAAGUAAAUAAUAUUGAAAUAGGUCGUGUGUUUAGAGAAAUAUGAUAGUAUCAUGAUUUUUUUAUAGAAAUAUUUAUUUUAGUUCAGGGAUCUUGUCGGCAAUGAAAAUAAAACGUCAUAAGACUGAGCGGUUAAAGGUUUAACGGUAAAAUCCGUUCUGAAAUCUCACUUGACGCUGUGCACGACUUUUUUCUUUGAUCUGUUUUCAUGGGUUAGUCGCUUUGGUCUUUCUAUAUUUUCGGUAUUCGUCACACCAAUUAGAAGUUUUAAUAAAAAGUACGGAAUAGGACAAAUACUGAAAAUUUUGAAAACAAAAGCGAAUGAUUAUGAUAACAAUAAAGUUUGUAUCUGUCAAUGCUUUUAAAAAAACUUUAUUUAAUUUAAAUUUUAUCGCACAGUACUCUUUAAAGUAACGUAGAAUUAGUUUUAACUCAGCUCGAGUAUUUCUUUUCAUACAAUAUGUUUGUAUGAAAAUUUCAUUAAGCUUAAAAGUUGAAUCAAUGUUAAGAUUUGAAUAAAUUGUUAGAGGUAUAAAAUAAUUGUUAAAAUGUAGAAAAUAUACGGGAAAUGUCGAGUUCGCAUCGCACAAAGAAAAAAGUAGUUUUUAUUUUAUAUUUGCGAAAAUGAAUAUAAUUUAUAUCACAAUAUUAUUUUAUUUACCCUGAUCUUAUUUUAACAUUGCCCAUAAAUAGAUAAAUAAUUAAAGGCAAGAAAAGUUUUUAAAGUUAAAAGGGCUGGCACAAAUUAAUUAAAAAAAUUUAAAAGAUUGUAUUUGGAUACUGCCAAAUUAUUACCGAGACUAGAAAAAUGCAAUUUUGCCAUAUUUUAGAAUGGGCUGUUAUUGUUGGGUAAAAGUAAUACUAUGCUAGUCGAAGAAAAAAUCGUGCGUAAGACAAUUUUCAGGGUAUAUAAUUUAUACCUUGUAUGUAUUUUGAAUAAGUGAGUACUCGUUUUUCAUUUGAUUUUG